AUGCAAAGCACAAGAGCAGCUGCUGUCAGAGGCUUCAUCGAUCUCCUCGACGCACAGUCCGAGAUUAAGCCUUCUGGAUUUCAGAGUCGGGUGAAAGCAUCGGGUGCAAGAGAUUACGGGGAAGAUGUCGCUGACCGGAACAUUGGCGUCAAUGGUGUAGACCUUCAGUCAGACAAGGUCCAGGCAUUCUACGCGACAAACGGUGGCAGUCCACGGGAUCGACACAAUGACGCGUUUGCGGCUCCAGCGAGGACCCAAUUCGGAGACAAAGAACAAACGUUUAAGCCUCCCCGGCGCCAAGAUUCCCUGGACAAUGAGGCUCGCACCAAGUCUUUGACAUCGGCGAGUCUCAGUCAGGUGCCAUUCCAAAUUAACAAGUUCAACCCCGAGAGCUCCCUGAACCGCGCGCCAAUCAUGGAGUCUGUUUCAGAGACGAUCCGCGGCCGUCGAAGGCAGUCGCUGGGCGCCUACAUUCCUACAACGCCAUCGAAUCCGGUGGCGGGUAGAGCCCUGAGCCUCCGAAGAUCGACAACAGAUACCUCUGGCUCCCCAAACGCUAGGCAGCACAAGAGGCGAUCUACUCUGGGCGGCGAAGCGCCGUUGAAUGAAUUAGGCAUUUUCACGGCUUCUAGCGGUGGGCCUAAUGAUUCGUCGUUAUCGUCAAAGGCGAUCCAGAAGCCAAUGUACUUGGUUAAGCACAAUUAUUCGUUGCCGGUCCAGCAACGGCCAAAGACUGCGUCAGGUCUUGUCGAUACUGAAUCAUACCAGGCGGUGAGGCCGCCAUCCCGCGGAGGGUCAGUAGCCAGUCCCACAUUCUCCUCCCCAACCCAGAAGUCACCAUCCAAACGGCAUACCCUUUCCGCGAUAGGCGUCGCAUCUACGCGCCCUACCGAGUGGCCGCGGAAUGCGAAGCCCGACGGAGGGAGCGGCACAAGAGGAUGGGUCGGCCGAGUUGAGGUUGAGAGCUUUGUUGAUUCUGCGGAUGUGUCCCCACCGGCGCCUUCACCUCAUGUGAUGAGAAGUGGCCACUCGUGGCGUGAAACCCAGGAUGAUUCUUAUCAGCGGUCCAAGAGUAAUGGGACGCCUUUUGGGAAGGGGAAAUUGGACGAGAUUUACGAACAUGUGCCGAUGCGCACAAGUAGUCUGCGGCAUUGCUCAGUUUCGUCAGCGACGCCAACGAUAUCGAGUACCAGCUCCUUCCAUCGCCCUCAUUCUAGACACACCACGACGACAACCGUCGAUCUGGCUACAAAGUCGUCGUUCAUCAACGACAGCUGCAGCUCGUUGCAUAGUGGAACAGGUGAUCACGCGUCAUUCUGCACAGCGCUGGAGAGCGCCUUGCCCUCGCCAACGGACCCGGCAGUACCUAGAGACGCAUUCAACAUUGAUGACUACUUGUCUUCAGACGACGACAUUGACGCCGACUCGUUUAUUACUACACGAAAACGUGAUUCGUCGCAGAGCGGCGGCCACGAGGAAGGGCUCCUUUUCAGUGAUGAAGGGUACGGUGAAGGGGGUCUGCAGUUACCAGGACUCUUUGAUAGCUUGUCGAACGUUCCAGACCCCGACACUACGUCGCCAGAGCGUUUUGGCCACAAGUAUUCACUCAGUAACCCAGGCGGGCGUCUAGACCGGCGGUUAUCCCUGGACCCGAGAAUCGAAACACCGAUUUCUCCUCUUGGAAAUGAUGAUGACGAGGAUGAGGACGAUUAUCUCUAUGACAUCCCUACGCGUUCAGACUUGGCCCUCGGUCUUCGGGGGACUCGUAGGAUCUCGGCGCUGGGUACCAUGUAUCAGAGCAUCGAGGAAGAAAAGGAUGAGAAAGUUGAUGUACGGGCCGCCGUCCGACUUCGAAAGGAAGACAAGGCGCGGCAGCGGGCCCUGGCUAGGUUCAGUCAGGUGCAGUUCAAGAGAAUGUCCCACGUGGAGGGGAAGCAGGGCAGCAGUGAAUGA